GGCUAGAUUGUGUACUUCGUUCAUCACAGAUAAUUAACCACAUCAGUGUGCUCUAAAAGCUCCAACUGACAGCUAUUCUGGGCUUGAGGAAGUGAAAGGCGUGCUCUGUAGAGGUGCCAGUCCCACACUGCUACUCUCUGCAUGUUUAUUUCCAUGCCUUUCAUUCUGCUGUCGAGCUUCUGACGAGCCUUGGUCGGUGGAGCUGUGAGGAACCUCUGUGAGGUACAGAGCUGAGGCUGCUGCUGGUCUGAGGAGUGCUACGGUAAUGUGUGUAUGGAGUCACGACACUGAGAGCCUCCUGAGAAGAGUGGGGAUGGUGUGUGUGUGUGUUGACGUGUGGUGAAGGAAGAAAUACCCCUCUGAGUUUCUUCAUUGAGGCUGUAACAGACCAGCACAGUUCAGCAGCAGCAGCAGCAGAGCCUCAACCUCAGACAGCCAUCAUGCGUGCACUCUCAGCAAUGCUGAGCCUUUCAUAUGGGUUUCUUAUCGGAUGGAUCAGGAGUCUUCCUGAAGUCUCAGCAGAGUGCAAAUGCAGUAUCUCUCCCAUAUGUGAACAGUGUAACUCCACUGAAGAAUCCAGUGUUUUUUAUUGCUUCGGGUGGCGGACUGCAAACAUAGUUGAUUACCGAUGCACGUGGACUCUAAAACAACAAAGCGCAUAUGAUCUCUUCAUCUACACAAAAAAGAAGAUUUGUAAAAAAAGAGAUUUGGAGAAUCAAAUGAAAACAAAGCCUUUUGCACUAGCAUUAUCAAAUAUGACUGCGUACGCCUUUGCAGUGAGUAAGGAUCGGAAGAAAUGCAUUUCUGCGACAUUCACAGGAUCUCCUGCAAAAAUCAUACAGUGCAGCCCACCCACUCACAAUAAUGUGACGUUCACACGAAGACAAGGCAGUUUAUAUGUAGCCGCUGUGUGGCAUGAUAACAGUGUUAAGCAGUAUUAUUUAAAAUACUGGGAACACAACAGCACAUCGUGCAAACAGGUGGAGUCCCAGAACAGUAAAGACUGCACUGUGGGAAAUCUUAGCUCAUCUCUGUCUUAUCAGAUACAGAUACAGUGUGUUGCCUCAACACUCUGUCCACAGUGUCCCUGGAGUGAGGUCAUCAGUAUCCCACAAGAAUUUGUUGAUGCACCAACCAUAACAGACAUAACUAAGAAGUUGAUGAAGACUGGAAAGAGGAAAGUGAUUGUGACGUGGCAGUAUGCUCACAGUGCAGCAGUGGACAGCUAUAAUGUAACAGUUCAGAAGGUGUCUGGAGAACUUGCUGGAGUGAGCAGUUACACCCUCAGAUCCACGACUAUAACGCUGAUUCUGAGCUAUUCUGCCUACAACUUCAGCAUCAGUGCCAUUAACAAAGCUGGAUCAUCACCUCCUGCAUAUGGAGUUAUUGAGGUCCAGGAGGAUCCAACCGUUUGGCAUGGGCAGUUUAACGUCAGUGUGAAAAGCAACAGAAGCUUCCAUCUCUCCUGGAUUAAAAACAUGUCCUGGACAUACGCCUGCUAUUCUGUAGAAUGGUGGAACACUGGAGAGAAAGCAAGUUAUCAGUCCUUCUAUGAGAAGAAACCCCAUCAUAAUGUUGUAACUCAGAACGCCACAUUUAAGCCGUAUAAGAGAUACAGCUUCUUCCUGCACGCCAGGCCUAAUAAAGACACGUGCAACCUGAAGAACAUGAACAACACUGAGAUGACCUACGGAAGAGCUCAGGCCUACCUCUUAGAAGAAACACCACUCGCUGCUCCUGGGAACAUAAGCGUCUCUAACGUUACCCAGAGUUCCUGUGUGCUCACAUGGCACCCAGUGGCUGAGGAGGACUUGCGUGGUUUCCUGCUAGGCUACAUCAUCUACUAUGUGGACACACAAGACACCAGUGAAAAAAACAUCACAGUGGAUCCUCACGUCAACAGCUACGAACUGCAGAAUCUGCAGAGCCGAAAUCAGUAUCAUGUGCAGCUGUCUGCGUACACGGCUGCAGGAGUGGGAAAGCGGAGUGAUUAUAUUUCCUGCAAGACAAAUUUAGAUGCGGUGGCUUUGGGUGGGAUGCUGGCGGCGGUUAUUGUGGGGAUCCUGAUUCUGUUACUGUCUGUUCAUCUCUGCUGUCGUCUUCUACAAAGAUCCAAGAAUCUGCUGUGGCCCAGUAUACCAAACCCCUGCAACAGUAACGCUGUGCAGAAGAUUGAAGGAGACCAGGAACUGGAGAUGCCUCUGUACAAGCUGGACCUGGAGGAGACUGAGGAACAUGUGACUGUGGUUGAGGUCAAAAAGGAUGCAUGCUGUUCCAGAGCCCUCAUUCUUCAGAACUGUGUGGAGGACACCUUUAUUCCUGCUACAGCGGCUACAGAGGAUACUGAGGCAAGCCUCACCAACUCCAUAUCUGCAGAUACCUUUACUACAGACAAUGAUGAGAAGAAGAAUCCUGCACUCAUCCCAGCAGCUCACCCCAGCAGUGCGGGAGACAGAGACAAUUCAAACGCUAGAGCGUCAGACUGUGUCUCCACAGCUGCAGCAGAGCCAGUCAUGGCCUUUGUUAGUGACUACACUACCAUGGAGCUGUUCCAGCAGAUCGCCAAAGCUGGGCUUCAGGAUCCCUCCAGCACAGCUGGCAGUUCAGGGACAGCGUCCUCAAACCCGGGACAGGACUAUAUUCGUCAGGCUCUCACUUACGGCGAGGACAUGCAGCAGGAGAGAUGCUUCCGAUGAUGAAAACUGUUUUGGGGGCUUGGGUAUCACUGUGCACUGACUUUAUGGACUCCUAUUUCUCUAUUGUACCCCUACCACCUCUUGUUUUUGAGUUGGGGACAAUUGGGACAAGCAAUCAAGCACCCGAUACAGAUAUAUAGCAGUGGAGCGCUAAAGUUCUGCAACCUACAGGUGCAAAAUGUGAAACUCAUAGUUUAUAUAGAUGUAUUACACACAGAGUGAUCAAUUUUAAGCAUUUAUUUGUUGAUUAUGGUUUACAGCCAAUGAAAACCUGAAAAAAUGAAAACCAAUGGGUACUUUUGGCAAUGUGCCAAGUCCUGCUGGAAAAUGAAAUCAGCAUCUCUAUAAAAGUUGUCAGCAGAAGGAAGCAUGAAGUGCUGUAUGGUUUUCUAGGAGAACACUGGAGAGACACACAGUCCAAACUGCUGGAGGUCUAGUGUGAAGUUUCCACAAUUAGUAAUGGUUUGGAGACCAUCAUAUAAGACCAGAUGGUGUAAAAUGGACUUUUGGUGUAGUAAAACAUGAUAAAAACUGCUUACCUUUGAUGAAGAGCACACCUCUGUCCUCCCACAGCGUUCCGAGAUCCAGAAAUUUUAACAGUUUGUCCAAACACCCUUCAGACUGGGUGACACAGGGCAUAAUUUUCCCCGAUAAAUAUUUUUUUCCACCGUUAUCCAGCUCAAAGUAGCUCCACACCUCCUUGCUAGGAUCCGGAGAGCACUAACAUUUAAAGCUCCACUAGGUAGGAUUGAGUUUUUGUGCUCGUGUGCUCCCCCUACAGUUGUAGAGUGUAAUAAAUGUUUCAGGCAGAUUAGUUUCCCUUUCUCGUUUUCUGGCUUUCACACACAUAUUCGGUCUCUUUCCAGCUUCUGCCAGAGUGUCUGUAUGUAUGUUUUUUAUAAAGAAUGAACCAGUAGUCCUUGUAGAACUGUUAGAACUAAAGGUCGGAAAGCAGGUUGCAGUUCUCGCGAGAGUUGGUCCCAACCGCCUCGGAAAACUUAGAGUCUGGUUUGAGCUCAGAGGAGCGCCGGCACAGACGCGAGAACACCGCUAUUCCUCCUAUUACACCUCAAUGCAGCGCUGCAGUGAGUUUCAAGCUGUUAUUUUACUUCUUUAAAAAGAUAAAAAAUUAAGGAAAUCCUACCUAGUGCUGCUUUAAAACGAGGCAUUAAUAACUUAAAAAGUGCACAAGAAGCUUAUUAAAAAACACUGUUUACAUCCUAUAAUGCAAGCUUCAGCUCCGAGUGCUGCCAUCAAUGUACUGAACAUAACAGACAUAUAUAGACAUAGACUCUGCAUAGCCUGACUACUGGCCCCGGCUGCUACACUAUGCGGACGCUAGGUAUAUAUAUAUGUCUAUGUUAUUUUCAGUUCAGUGGUGGCGGCGCUCCGUGUCAUCCAGUCUGAAGGGUUUUUGGACAAACUGUUAAAAUUUCUGGAUCUCGGAACGCUCUGGGAGAACGGAGGUGUGCUAUUAAUCAAUGGUAAGUAAUUUAUCAUGUUUUACUACACCAAAAGUCCAUUUUACACCAGAGUUCUUCUUUAACUAGCUAGUUUGUUCAUGAGAUGAGCUACUAGUGAUUUUUUCAUGCUUGUGAAGAAAAAUGGUACAAUAGUGGUUAUCAUAAUUAAUAACUAGAAAAAUAUUCAAUUUAUGGGUUUCUUUCAUUGCUUGUGCUGCCACCUUGCCACUGAUUCUCAUAGCCCUCUGUUUUGAGUGUGCCUCACGCAAAACAGAGGGGUAGGGCUAAGUGGUAGGGCCAAGGGGUGAAGUAGGAUUGUGCCCAGGUCUAGGAGAAAUUGUAAAAGUAGUAUAUCACAAUAUUUGAAAAGAUUUUCACAAUAAACACCAAUAUCAUAUUUACCUCGACACAUAUUAUUGCUAUAAAAUGCAUUAAUAAAUAUAUAUUCUUAAAAACUA